AUGGAUGUGAUUAAGACGCAACAGAUAUCCGCGAGGACGAUCGAGAAGGUCAUCGUUCAUCCACUCGUCUUGCUUAGUAUCGUCGACCAAUACAACCGCGUCGCCAAGGACUCGCGCAAGCGUGUCGUCGGCGUUCUACUCGGAAGCAGCUCCCGUGGUACCGUUGACGUCACCAACAGCUACGCAGUGCCCUUCGAGGAGGAUGACAAAGACCCAAGUAUCUGGUUCCUUGAUCACAACUACCAUGAAUCAAUGUUCCACAUGUUCAAGAGAAUUAAUGCCAAGGAGCAUGUUGUAGGAUGGUACAGCACAGGCCCUAAACUUCGAGAGAAUGAUUUGGACGUUCACGCCUUGUUUAAUGGCUAUGUUCCAAACCCAGUGUUGGUCAUUAUUGAUGUCCAGCCUAAAGAACUUGGAAUACCCACAAAAGCUUACUAUGCAGUGGAGGAGGUCAAGGAGAAUGCUACUCAGAAAAGCCAGAAAGUCUUUGUUCACGUGUCUACAGAAAUUGCUGCCCAUGAAGUCGAGGAAAUCGGCGUGGAACAUUUGCUCAGGGAUGUGAAAGACACAACAAUCAGUACCCUGGCAACUGAGGUCACUGCCAAACUGACUGCUUUGAAGGGGCUGGAUGCACGUCUUCGGGAGAUCCGGAGUUACCUUGACCUUGUAAUCGAUGGAAAGCUCCCUCUAAACCAUGAGAUUUUGUACCAUCUUCAGGACGUUUUCAAUUUGCUUCCUAACUUGAAUGUGAACGAGCUCGUCAAGGCCUUCUCAGUGAAAACAAAUGACAUGAUGCUCGUCAUCUAUCUAUCAUCCCUCAUACGGAGUGUGAUUGCCCUCCACAACUUGAUUAACAACAAGUUGCUGAACAAGGAACAUGAAAAAGCAGAGGACUCAAAGCCCGUGGCCAUACCCGCCGCCAGCUAA